UUUCUAAGUGGUGUAUUAAAAGAAAAAAAAAAAAAAAAAAACCACGACAACUGCACAGUGGGUAACUUGGUUCCCUUGGUGAAAAACAAGAGGGGUGCAAAUAACCUCCCCAAAGACAUGUGCUUUUUUCGGUGGCCACUUAGCCAACGGCGACUAAGCCCCGAGACACUUACCCGACUCGUCUGUUAGCAUUUUGACUGUCCGUCAAGAAUCGUUAAAGCUUCAAGUUUCUUUUUCGAGUCGUUGAUGUGUUUAGCACCGAUGGACACAUUAUCGGAUGCCAGGGGCUGUCGGUGAAAGCCAACAUACAUCCCCAGCGCGCACACACACAUACACACGCACACGCGCGAAUGUGUGCAUGGUGGGGUCUCAACCCCUAUUGGCUGCUCUUUGUUGUAUUUUUAGGCCCGUUAUUCUGGGGCCUGGUCCUGGCAGGCUAUAUAAGCUGUGCCCACCGCCGGCCAGCGACAACACUUGGAAACAACUCCAUGCCGCACUCUCGGGCAAACUCGCAGCAGGCAUUUCGAUUCGGCUCGGGCACGACAAGUCCAGCAGGAAGAAGUUGUAACGUGGAAAUAAUCUGCUGUAAGAUUGGACAAAGACUAAUGACUCCAACCUUUGCCGUCAUUAACGGUCAGGAAUAGAAACGAUUGAAUCGGCAAUUCAUCACUGCCGUCCAGAGAUAGCGUCGUACGGGAUUCACCGAGACACGGGCCAGCCUGAGUGCCGUUAUGAUUUCCGCAUAAUGUCGGCAGAGGUCGGAAUCCAGAAGUUCUCCUUCCCCUUCUCCUGCUCCGCCCGACAGGAUGAGGCCAGCCAGCCGGGACGCAUCCGGGUGAAGGCCCCGGAGCGCCGCGGGCUGCCGGAAAAUCCCGUAGUGAGGCCGCCAAGCGCCGUCGCCCUUGUGGGGAUUUUGGCGGGCGGCGCCGACCCGGCGGUAGACGCUCCCGACGCCCCCGAUGCGGACGAAAGCCGAGCCCCGCGGAGCGCCGUGCUUUCCCGCCGCAGCGUCUUUGAGAAGCUGGCGGCCGAGGCCGAGGACCAGCGGCCGACGGCCAAGAGGCAGCUGUCGACCGAGAGCGCCUCCAGGAGCAUCGCCGUUGUGAAGAAGAGCGCCGUGAGGGCGGAGGAGCCGCAGAGGAACCUCAAAGCCAAGGCGGAGGGGGCGCCGAGGGGGGCGGCGGCGACGACGGCGGGAAGGCAGAGGAGGAGGAAAGAUCUCUUUGCCAAUUCCGACAUCUUCCACCGGCUGGAUUCGCACGUCAUCAGGGCCGGGGCCGAGCUUAGGGAAAAGCGCGUUCAUGACGUGGCGGCCAUCGUCCAGAACAUCGCCAGUGUUGCCAAGAGCGAGCUGGAGAAAAUCCGCGCCAUCUGGGUUUGGCUCUGUCACAACAUCGAGUACGACAUCGGCGGCUACCUGGGACAAUCGGAGAAGCUGUGCUCGCCGGAGGAAGUCAUCGCGACCGGUCGCGGAGUUUGCUGCGGCUACUCGGGUCUCUGUAUGCAAAUGUGCAGGCUGGUGGGCGUCGAGUGCCAAGAGGUGGCGGGCCACAGUAAGGGCAUCGGCUACCGCCAGGGCCAGAGCCUUAGGAACGUGAAAUCGGAUCACCUGUGGAACGCCGUGCUCUUGGGGGGACAGUGGUUCCUAAUGGACGCCUGCUGGGGAGCCGGACGAGUGGACAUGGAACACCAGAGCUUCGUCAAAAGGUUCGAUGACUUCUAUUUCCUGACGGACCCGGAGGAGUUUAUCGAUUCGCACUUCCCCGACGAGGAGCGAUGGCAGCUUUUGGAGGCACCCGUCACCCUGGAGGAGUUUGAGCGGCGAGUCUUCAAGACCUCGGCCUUCUUCGGCAUGGGUCUCAGGCUCAUCCAGCCUCAUCACUGCCACCUCGUCACUGAUGAAGGCGAGGCCAACAUUUCCGUGGGCUUCUCGCGGCCCGUAACCUUCACCUACGAGAUCACGCCGCACCAGGACUUCCUCCACUGCGGCACUCCGGAACACAAGGAGGGCAGCCACUCCUCCUUCGGCCUCCUGACGGUGUCCCAGCACAGCAUGAACCUGCAGCUGCUGCCGCCCGCCAGCGGCGCCUACAACCUGAGGCUGUACGCCAGGCCCGAGAAGGCGACCACUCCGCUGAGUUGGGUGUGCUCCUUCACGGUGGAGUGCCUGGAACCGAGGGCCACCGAGGAGAUCCCCGAGAACCCCUAUCUGUCGUGGGGGCUGCAGCCGGCGGCGGCUUCCCUGGGAGUGGCGGGGAGCGAUCAGGGUAGCGAGAUGGCGGAGGUGGAAGGAGGCAGCUUCAAACUGGCGCUGAGGACGUCGCGCUCGCUGAUGAUGCUCUGCGAGCUGGUCCAUCCGGGCCUGGAGGCCUCCGUCGCCAAGCGUUGCUUAGCCUCCCAGAUCCAACCGGAGCUUCUGACUUGCCACGUCGUCUGCCCGUCACGCGGCUUCUACCGCCUCUCCGUCUUUGUGCGGGACUAUGCGAAAACGGAGGCCAAGUUCCAGAACGCCGCCAACUUCCUGCUGCAUUGCAAGGGCAAGGUGGCCGGCCGGGACGAGCUGUUCCCGCCCGAUCUGAGCUCGGCGUGCGGGCCGGGCACCCGCACCGCGCAGGCGGGGCUGUCCAAAUUCAGCCACACGGCGGCGCUGGUGAGCACGCCUCACGGCAAAUGCAACAUCACCUUCCACAACCGGCGGGACCUGGAGCUGUACACCACGCUGAGCCGGGCAGACGAGACCGACGCUUCCGCCUUCCCGCUGGCGCGACACCUUUUCUGCACGCACACCGACAGCAAGGUGACGGUGAGCGUCGGCCUGCCGGACGCCGGCACGUACCGGCUGGGCGUGUACGCCAGGAACGGCCCCGGCGGAGAGUUCCACCCCACGUGCGACUUUGUGCUGAGGAACGGCUGCCGGCAAGCGGGCCUUCCUUUCCCUUGCGUCUACGCCGCCUGGAGGAAAGGCUGCGUGCUCUUUGAGCCCCGCGCGGGCCUGCUGGACGCGGCCUCCUGGGUCCGCUUCCGGGUCAGGAUCCCGGGGGCUCAGCGAGUGUGCGUGGUGGCUCACGGGCGGACCGACCUGAAACUGAACAAGAGCCGGGUCUGGGAAGGCGAGGUGUUCAGCGGGGAGGGGGUGGCGGUCCUCAAACUGGCCGCCAACUCCGCAGAGUCUGCAGACAUGGCCGUCAUGAUGACCUUCGACGUCAAAAAGCCGUCGUAAAGACGUUUGGAGUGUUUACUCGCUGUCCUCGAGAUCCGGCUUAAGGUCCAUGUAUUAGUACGCUCGUUGUCCUCAGACCGACGUCGACAUAUCGCUUCGUUCCGAACUACAGGAAGGAGGGGCUCCUUCUUCUCUGGCCAAAAAGAAAUAAUUCGAGUCAAACAACUCUGGUCCGUCGGGUGCCUGGCGGUUGUGCAGAAACUGAUGCUAAAUACGAGCUGGUUCAACAGCUGUGUACAAGUCAAUACUUGGUCGCCCCCCCCCCCCCAAUUCUCCAUGCCUGCUCCAUUUCGGCUUGGCGUCAGCCGCUAUUGGAAGCUGGCCGCGCUGUGCGGCUCACGGACCGCAAUGAUAUUGUCCCACGUUUUCAUUUCAGCUUGCCGCGCGUGUGCGCUCUGUGCGCGUGAUGUCGAAAGCGCAUUCUCGAUGCCAAUUGGCUGCGGUGACGCAUCGCGGCGCAAAGUGCACCUUCUCAAAUGUUGGUGAACGGGCGAAUGCGGGCGCUCGCCUUCCCCUCACGCCUCGUCAAAGUGCAGCGCUGUCCGACUUGAAUGCCCAAAGCUUCACGGCCUUUGAGCAUUUGUCCGACCGAGUCGGUUCUUGAAAAAUCCUCAAUCACAGUCCAGCUCGCGAGCGAUGUGUCAUUUCAUGACCUGAUCUAGAACAUGGACCUCAGGACGGAUGACGAGACUCCGGAAUAAAUCCUCAAAUGGCGUUUUGUACCGAGGUCUUAAAAUCGCGAGGCAGUGUCAUGACACUGCCCAGUUUUGCGCAGGUUCAAAUUCGGCGGGUCGGUUGCUCAAAAAUGUUUGAGGCGGGUUUUUUUUGGCAGAUUUCAGAACGAUAGUUUGAAAAUUUUUACUGGUGCUCAGCUGUCAUGACUGCAUUUGUAUGUAUUUGUAUCGUGUAUCGGCAAGAAAAUGGUGCUUUAAUGUCAUAAAAAACUUCAACAUAGAGUAGACAUGUUUUUGCUAAUUUUCAAUAAAUAUUGAAGGAAACUCGAUUGUGUUUGUGCUGUCAUGUCCACGUCUAUCCACUUCAACUCAGAGCUAAAGUAUGUCCUCAUGAG